AUGAGGUGCAGAGCGAACCUAGGGCGCUGGGUCGAAGGGGCUCGUGGGAGCGAGAAAGACGGAGAGACGUUCCUGUGUAUUGCUAUUUGCUCAAGGCUCAAGGCACCGGUAAUCCGUGGAGCCCAAGGCUCUGAUUCUCGUCCGAGGCUAAGGGACACGCCUUCGACCGCUGGCUCUGAGGUCAUCGUCUGGCGAGGCAACGGUGCCGCAAUCGGCCUCCACGCCUCUCUCCCCCCCUCCCCUGCAAUGGACGCAACAUCCCGUCCGCCCGCCGCUCCCCUCUCCGCGCGCCGUUGGGUGGUGGCGCACAAGAAGUGGGCUCCCCCCGCCGCCGCCCGCCCGCCUGCUUCCGCCUCCUUCGCCUCCUCUCUCGCCGACUCCUUCCUUCCUUCGCACGGUCCCUCCCACCCAUCGCACGUCCCGUCACACCCGUCGCUCGUCUCGUCGCAACCGUCGCACGCCUCGCACCAGUCGCACGGCGGCAGCUGGGCGAACGGCAGCGUCGUGGAUGGGAGCUGCGGGUUGGAGGCGUCGCAGCGAGGGCGCGCGGAGGAGGGCUGGUCGGGCGCGCGCAACAGCGGCGCGCGGCAUGACGGGGAUGCGGCGGUGCCAGGGGGAACGCAAGCGGAUGCCGGGUGGCGGAAGCGGAAAAGCCAUCUAUCCGCGGCCACUGCCGACGACUCCGCCUGUCUGACGUCAUCCCAUGGCCCUCGCGCCGCCGCCUCCGCCCUUCCGCACGUGGCCGUCGCGCCGUCACACGCUGUCUCCCCCUUCGCGCAUCUCUCCGGCCCCCCUCCCACGCAUGCCACCCGUUGGGACGUGCCCCUUUUCUCCGCCAAGCGCGCAUGCCUCGCGGCGGCCCCGCACAGGCCCGCGGAAGGCGCGGCAUGGGCGGAGAGGCCAGGCGCGUGGGGGGAAGGGCCAGCGGCUUUCAAGCCGCAAUGUCGGGAAGCCGCCGCGGCGGCGGCGGCGGUGGCGGGGAAGGCGGAGGGCAGAGGCGACGCUUGGCGGGCGCUGAGCGCGUCGUCAGUGGACUUCGCGCCGCAGCCCUUCCAGCAAAUCACGGAGUCGGAUCUGCUUCUGGAGGCGUCGGGCAGCGGAGCGCCGCUUGCGUUCGCCGUGGGCGCGGCGGCGGGCGCGCACGGUGACGGGCGCGGGGGGCUCCACCAUCCCGCGUCCUCCGCGCGCAGCGUCGGCGCGUCAAUGGAGAGCGGCGCGCGCACGCGGCGGGUGGUAUGCGCGCGAGGCAGGAAGCGGCGGGGAGCGGGGGGGGAUCCGGGGCAGCAGGUCGCGAUGGCGCGGCGAGCGGGCGAUGGCAGCGCGCUUAUCGAGGCGGGCGGAUGGACCGCAGCGCAAGACGACGCGGGGCAGUGCUCGUGCGCGUAUGGAGGGGAAAAGGCCGAUGCGGAGGAUGGGCAGAGGGCGGAGGAGGAAGCGGAGCGGAGGGAAGGGGGAGGAGUUGGUGCAGAGAGCAUCGCGCGACCGAGGAGGCGGAGACGAAAGGUGGGGCUAGUGGGGUUGGCAGAGGAGGGGGAGACGGCGGAGGAGAGGGAUGGGGUAGCGGCGGCGACGGAGCUGUCGUCCCUUUGUGGCGCGUCGCCCGCCGCGGGUGCGGCGGCAGCGCUUGGGAGCACCAUGAGGCGGCCUUCCCCCGCGCAUGCACCUGUGCUGGCAGGAUGUGGGGCGGCAGCUGGUGGGACGGCGGGAAGUGCGAGCGUGGAGGGCGCUCGGCCCGCAGACGGUGCUGUGAGCGCCAACACGUGUGCGCCGUCGUCUGCAGAGUGCCGCGCUCCCGAGGGAAGUAGCGGAGACAGCAGCGCGUGCGAGCGGGAAAGCACGGGCAGCGAGCAGCGCGCAGGGCGGAGGCGGAACGCGCGCGUGCUGCAAGAAACGGUUAACGGCGCGCGCGGCGAGGGGCUACGGGAUGAUGACGGGGAGGCGCGCUGCUGCGCGGACGACCGGGGGAACACGCGGCAACGGCAGCGGCAGAGGCAGCGACAGAGGCCAAACCAAACAGGGGGGGUAGUGGCGGGAGGGGCGGGAGAAGAGGCGGACGAGGAGGCGGAGAUGAGGAGGCGGUUCAGCGUGGUGGUGCAGUCACAGGUGGCGGGCGGGGAGGAGGAGGACGGACCGCUGGAGGGCGACGCCAAUAGGAGCAUGUCGGAGCACGUAGGGGCGGCCAAGUUUGUCCUCUCCUCUGGGCGAACGCUAUCAGCAGAGGGGCUGCCAGCGCCCAAGAAGAAGCCCACCAUAGACGACGAGUUUGAACAGUACUUCGCGCAGCUGCUCUUAUAA